AUGUGCAACAGUAAAUCAGUUAUAAACCCUAGAUUAACGAUCUUGACACUGGAUUCAAAAUGGUUUGGAGUAGUCUUCGUAAAUGUGCAUGCUCCAACAGAGGACAAAGAUGAUAAUGAAAAAGAUGAUUUCUACUCGUUGUUAGACAUACACUGUGAAUCAAACAUAAAUUUGCCUCGGAAUUGUGGAUCAAAGGACUUUAGACUGGAAAAUUGGAAAUCGGCAUUACGUUUUGGAACCUGGAAUGUACGCACUUUAUUCAAACCUGGAGCAGUAGGAACAGUAGUUAAAGAGAUAGAAAGAUACAAGUUAGGAGUAGUGGCACUACAGGAAAUGAGGUGGCAAGAUACGGGUUCAAUGCAAAUAAGUAAUAUAACGCUGUUUUUUGGUGCUUGUGACGGAAGAAGACAAGCUGGAAGUGGAUUCGCGGUAAACAACAAGCUACUAACAGCUGUAAAAUGUUUUAAAGUUAUAAACCCUAGAUUAACGAUCUUGACACUGGAUACAAAAUGGUUUGGAGUAGUCUUCGUAAAUGUGCAUGCUCCAACAGAGGACAAAGAUGAUCAUGAAAAAGAUGAUUUCUACUCGUUGUUAGACAAUACACUGUGUGAGAUACCAAGAGGCUGUGUACAAAUCAUAUUAGGAGAUUUUAACGCAAAAAUCGGACGUGAAGAAUGUUUUAAGCCGAUAAUAGGAGAGCAUAGUCUACACCAGUUAUCGAAUGAUAAUGGGUGCAGACUUAUUGACUUGGCAACGGGAAGAAAUCUAAGGGUUAAAAGUACCAUGUUCCCUCAUAAGAACAUACACAAAGGUACAUGGAGGUCACCAGAUGGACGACAUGUAAAUCAAAUAGACCAUGUACUGGUGAAUGAAAGAUUUAAUAACAGUAUUAUGGAUGUAAAAACCGUACGUGGAGCCGACAGCGAUUCGGAUCACUUUCUUGUGGCAGGUAGACUACGAGUGAAGUUAAAAAGAAGACAAGAAUUAAGGAGAGGAGGAGCUACGGGACGUUUUGACAUCGCGAACCUUAACUAUCCAGUGGUAGUUGAGAAUUUUCAAAAAGGUAUAGAGGAAAAGUUAAGAAGGAUGAUUGCAAGUGAGUCAGGCAGAGAAGUGGAACAAAGGUGGAAAACGGUAAAACAACUUAUUCAAGAAGAAGCAGAAAAAACAAUAGGGAAACAAAAAACUAAGAAAAAAACCUGGUUUAAUGAUAUUUGCGAAGAAGCCAUAGAAAGAAGAAGGAAUGCUAGAAAUAUAUGGCUGUCCGACACUGAUAGUGUGGAGAAGUUAGAAAGAUUCAAAAUGAGACAACGGGAAGCGAGUAACAUAUUAAGAUGUGAAAAAAGAAAAUAUUUACAGAACAUACUUAAGGAGGCAGAACAGAAUUUUACUAGUCACAAUACAAGAGACCUAUAUAAAAAGGUUAACUUCUUAAGUAAGAAAUAUAAGCAGCCGGAGAAAUUUCUCAAAAAUGAUGAUGGAACGCUUAUCACAUCUAAAGAAGAGAUAGCAAAUAAAUGGACGAACUAUUUCAAGCAGCUGUUGAACUGUAAUACACCAGAUAGUUUAUUCCACUUUGAGAAUAUGGAAACUAAUAAUACAAUCUGCCUAGCACCGAGUAAGGAGGAAAUUCAAGAACAAAUAAGAAACUUAAAGAACCAUAAGCACCCGGAGAAGAUGGUAUCUCUCGGAGAGUUACUUAAAAGUAUGGGAAAUGGCUUGCUUGAAUAUGUGUCCGGUCUAUAA